UUCAUUUUAGCGAAUUGCUUUUUGUUUCCCGUAUUCGGCGAUCAUUUCAAUCGCUUCAUUUGCGGAGCAACAGGGCGGAUGCCUGCAGGCCGCUAAUAACCCCUCCCCUGGCCUGGCCGAGACAAAUCUGAGCGUGAGGCUUUCAAGUUGCUCAGCUCCUCCUUUCAUCAGACGGGGCUCAGCACCAUAAUCGGUUCUGCCAUCACCAUCGAACCGACAGGAACCAUGGCCGGCUUAAUACCUCUCAUGCUCGCCUCGAGCACCCGCACGAGCUCCGAUACUGCGUCCCAGCUAUCUUCUCGACGCCAGUCAACAGCUAUGAUCUCGCCAACUCGAACAGAACCACCGAGGAUGAGGUCCCCCAAGCGGCUGUCACUCUACCCGCCCGAGCCUCUCCCCACUCUGCCUGACACGAAGGCAGAGUGGAAGGCGAUAAUUGCCGAAGUUAAGAAGGAGUACUUCGCCAAGAGAUAUCGAGCUUGCUCUUCAAGGUGCCUCGAGGUCCUCGGUGCCGUCAAGGACUCAUCCCAAGUGGACCCCGUAUAUCUCAUAUAUCUCCAUUUCUAUGCGGCAACAUCGAUGGAGAUAUGCGCGCGGCCACUCCCUUCUAGCUCCUCCCUCCGGACUAGCCUCUUAAAACAGGCGCGGACCCAUUUCGACCGAGCCGGCUCGCUCAUCAGCGCCGCCGAGAAGUCCGUGGUCGCAAGAUUCCGCCCCUACUCCGCCACACCUUCAUCCAGCUCCGCCUGUCAUUCCCCGGCCGUGUCCGUUAGCUCCCAAGCAUGGACGUCGGACACACGUGUGUCUUCGCCUACCACCUCGGUCUUCUCCUUCGAGGAUCUCUCUCCGAGAGGCCAACCACCAGUCAAGCGUGUAAAGAAGGUAUCAUUUUCCCUUCCUGACAACGAGUCGAUCCAGAUGCCGGAGCCCAUCAUCCGACCGGACUCACCCACUCUCGGAUUCGACGACGCCUAUUUCCAGGCCGGCGCGACAAGACAAGCACUUCCCGAUCUGCCUAUGCCACCACCACCACCAAAAUUCCAGGAAAUCGAGCUGCCGCUUCAGACCAUUCCAGAGGAUGCUAGCGAGAGCGAACCGACCAGUCCACCACCCACCCCGUCGUCGUCGGACGAAUACGACGGGCAUGCCUUCCAAGUCGCCCGCUCCAUCGACCGCUGCUGCGAGCACCUCUCUGGCCUGAGGACCCAGCUCGUGCGCCACUCGACAAGUCUUGAUCAGCUCCUCUCUGCGUCAUCCUUCUCACCCACCGACCAGCAGCAGCAGCAGCAGCGAGACAAUCUCGCCGGGCAACCGGGCAAGGCGAGUAGUAGUAGUAGUAGUGCUGAAGAGCUCCGCGCCCUCGACCGACGGGCAAGGAUCGAGCGCCUACGGAAGUGCGGGUGGCAGCGGAAGAGGUUCGAUGCGAGGAGGUAUGAAGAGCUUUGCGAAGCCGCCAUGGCGGAGCUGAACUGAGUGUGUGUGACACACGGGCGCGGGGGGUAAUAGGAUGGCUACGGGAACAGGAACGGAGAAGGGCAUGGUAAAGGCGCAAGUUAUGAGUUAUGACUGGGAGCAUAUGGUUCACGGCGCAGUGUUGGACGGACUAUGGGGUGGGUAAUAUAGGCGGAUGUGGUUAUAUUUCUGGUGUUCCUGUUCAGGGAAUGUAUUAGCAUUGUUACUGGCAUGUAAACGAAAGCGACUAUAUCAGGAGAAGCAUGAGACGGUACUGCUCACCGGAGAGGCCGGGCAACGAGCGGAGUUGGUCUCGGAAUCUGGGUAUUCUCAUGCUGGAUGGUGUGUCAAUCCACCCAAGCAUGAUCACUCUAAUCUAGCUACCUU